AUGCUUUGCCGGAUGUUGCAUCUGUGGCUGGGGAUGGAGGUGCCCAUGCGGGCAGAGGUGGGGCCCACCCAGCUGCCCAAGGGUGCCAGACACUGGUGCCAUCACACAGUGACACGGACUGUGUCCUGCCAGGUGCAGAAUGGCUCAGAGACGGUGGUCCAGCGUGUGUACCAGAGCUGCCGGUGGCCCGGGCCCUGCACCAACCUUGUGAGGACUCUGAUCAGACCCACAUACAGAGUGUCCUACCGCACGGUGACGGCGCUGGAGUGGAGGUGCUGCCCUGGCUUCACUGGGAGCAACUGUGAUGAGGAAUGCAUGAAUUGUACCCGGCUCAGCGACAUGAGCGAACGACUGACCACGCUGGAGGCCAAGGUCCUCCUGCUCGAAGCGGCGGAGCUGCCCUCGGGCCCUGACAAUGACCUGCCGGCCCCCCAGAGCACCCUGCCACCCUGGAACGAAGACUUUCUCCCUGAUGCCAUCCCUCUUGCCCACCCUGGGCCCAGAAGGAGAAGGCCUACAGGCCCAGCCGGACCACCAGGACAGACGGGACCACCAGGGCCUGCAGGACCCCCAGGCUCCAAGGGUGACCGGGGCCAGACUGGUGAGAAGGGCCCAGCAGGGCCUCCUGGUUUUCUGGGGCCCCCAGGCCCCCGAGGGCUUCCUGGAGAGAUGGGGCGCCCUGGCCCCCCCGGCCCUCCGGGUCCAGCAGGUAGUCCUGGGCUCUCCACCAACAGCCCCCAAGGCGUCCUGUACUCCUUGCAGCCCCCCACGGACAGAGACAACGGAGACUCACAGCUGGCCUCUGCCGUGGUGGACACAGUGCUGGCUGGUAUCCCAGGACCCCGGGGUCCCCCUGGGCCACCAGGUCCCCCUGGACCACACGGUCCCCCAGGACCUCCAGGUGCUCCUGGAUCCCAGGGCCUGGCUGGAGAGCGGGGCUCUGCUGGGCCAUCCGGAGAGCCUGGCGUGAAGGCAGAAGGGGAGAAGGCUGCAGAGGGCGAGGGAGUCCAGCAGCUGCGUGAGGCCCUGAAGAUCCUGGCAGAGAGGGUGCUCAUCCUGGAACACAUGAUUGGGAUCCACGAUCCCUUGGCUUCCCCCGAGGGGGGCUCUGGCCAGGAUGCCGCUGCCGCCCUAAGAGCCAACCUCAAGAUGAAGCGAGGUGGCCCCCCAGCGGAGAGCCCCCUUGCUGCCCUGGUUGUUCCGGCGUCUGGGCAGAAGAGUACCGGCCAUGCCAGUGGGAGGAAGUAA